AUGAAGAAUAUCUUCGCUUGGCGACCCGGUCGCAAGAAGAAGAAAAAGAAGCAAAAUCCCGACAACCCUGACUUUGAACCAGACAUGCCUCCCAGUGAAGACGACGAAGAAGAAGAAGAUGAUGAUGAAGACCACACGGUUGCAGACUCUGGCAACGACGACGACGACUGUUCGGAAACCGGGUCCGAAUUGCGACGACGCCUGGAGAGUAAGGCAUUGGUGGUGGUGAUGUCGAAACCCGCGCCGAAGCCGAGAAGGUCCCUGUUGCUGAACAGACACAGUGUUGCCAAGGUCUCGGAGAGUCAUGAAGAAGAAGAAGACGACGACGAACAACUACAACAGCAAGGACUUGAUAAAAGCUACGAAGAAGAAGAAGACGAAAAUGAUGAUGAUGAAUCCUCUGUAUCGUCGUCGGGGUCGGAAAGCCGAGAGGAAUCCAGUAGUUCUGUGUCCAGGAACAUGAUGAGUGUUAGGGCGGCAAACGUGGGACGAUUGCUGGCGGGAUAUUCGUCGGAUAGCAAUGAAGAUGCGUUGGAUGAUGACAAAUCGUCGGUGGAAAUCUUGCGUAGUAAUUACCAGAAGACUCAUUCAAUGAGUUCUGAGUAUUUCGACGCGGAAUGCGGGACGUCGCCGGAACAGCCGGCGCCGAGUCCGCCACUGCAAGGACUUCCGGCUCGAUCGCCGUCACUGGCGUCCGUUGCCUCGUCCACGUCGUCGACGUUCGCCUCGGAAUUCGCCAUUUCCCUACAGCGUGAAGAGAAGGAACGACAAAAGAAAAUCCUCAGUAAUUUGUCAACCCUGGGAGAGCCGUCAGUGUUGCCAGACCCGCCGACGCCAUUCAAGGACUCUUUCAAGCCCAGUGUGGAAAUCAGCAGCCAGUGCGAGGAAGACGGCGACGAGUCUGACGAAGAACUCAAGUGUCUUUCUAGUCCUUCCCCUGGACCAACAGAAACCGACUACAGUGUUCAU